CGUUCAAUCGCAGCGAGAAGGUUGUUACGAUGGAAGUGGUGGUGGUUUGACAGCGCGUGUUCUUUCAGCAUUUUCAGAGCACUGAAACCUACCAUUGACUGAAAACUGUACCAUUUCCGACCGACUAGGAAUAUUUCUGUACACAUAAAUAUGGAGAAAAGGUUGAGGUUUAUCAGACUAGCCAGCUUCGUCCUAAUCGUGGGAAUCAGCGGCGUGAAGACAGAAUAUGGCAUAGACGGAAUAGCAGGCAGCAGAGCUCCUUGCCCGGUGGAAGGACAGCCGGUAAAAGUCGACCAUAUCGACAAAUCCAAUUGUUUCUCCUGCAUAUGCAAGAAUGGUUUCGUGGAGUGCAAGAGCGACAUGUACUGCCCCCCGCGAGAGGGUUGCCACAUGAUAGUCGAGACCAGCAGGGAUCAAUGCUGUCGAAAAUGCAAAGGAUGUACCUACCGCAACAAACAUUAUGAAAGUCACACGGAAUGGACGGACCCAGAAAAUCCCUGCAAAGUCAUGCGGUGUGAAGCAGGAGUUGUCACCGUGUCAGAUUUGCAGUGUUACACGCCUUGUGCUAAUCCUUUGCCACCGGAGCCCGGAAAAUGCUGCCCGACUUGUCCCGAAUGCAAAAUCAACGGCCAAGAAGCCACCGACGACCGCGACGUCAUCUCCGACGACCACUGCCUCAAGUGCCGCUGCAACAAAGGCAAGAUGACCUGCUCGAAACAAGCCUGUCCGGUCCUGCAGUGCACCGCCCGAAGCCAGUACCACCCCCCUGGCGAAUGUUGCCCGGUUUGUCGAGGCACCCGUGCCGUCUUAACCGUCGCCAAAACGUGCCGCCUCCAGGAAAUCUUCAUGAGAGAGGGCGAGAAAUUCAGCAUAGACAAGUGCACUAACUGCACCUGUCUCGACGAAACGUCAAUCUGCCACCGAUCGGCGUGUCCGGUCUUGGACUGCGCCCCCGAUUUGCAGAAGUCCGUUCCUGGAAGCUGCUGCAAGCAGUGUAUCAUGCCUGAGGAAGUUCGCACGCAGUGUAGUCAAGGUGGACGGUAUUAUGAGGAUGGUCAGUCGUGGGAUUUGGAUGCUUGCAGGAGUUGUAAGUGCCACAGAGGGAUGCCGAGUUGUGCUAUGACGAGGUGUAACGUGACGUUACCGUGCGCUCCGGGGACCAAACUGGUGCAUUUGCCGGGAGAGUGCUGCGAAAAGUGUGUGGAAGUUGAGGGCGUCUGCAUGGUCUUCGGGGAUCCCCACUACAAGACUUUCGACGGCAAAAUCUACACCUUUCAAGGUUUGGGCAAGUACAUGUUGAUCUCCGAGUGCAAGAGCCAAAGCUUCUCCAUCCGCGUCGCCAAUGACUUCCCCAACAAAAUCUCCAAGACCUAUGCUAUCACCAAACGAGUGGCGGUUCGCUAUGGUGACAUCCGGCUCAAUCUACAACAGAAAGGUCGCAUCAAGCUCAACCGCAAGAAAAUAAUGCUACCAUAUAAGAAAGACGGCAAACUCCGCAUCGAGAAAAAGAACGGCAACGUGGAGGUGUUCCUCCAAAACGGCGUGAAGAUCUUCUGGAGCGGGAAAAGCUUCCUCGAGGUGACGGUUCCAGCGACUUACAAGAACAAACUCUGCGGUCUUUGCGGCAACUUCAACGGGAACGUGCAGGACGAUCUGAAAACGAAGAGAGGUCAUUUGGUUAGGGACAGCGAGAUUUUGAGCUUCGGAGGGUCCUGGUGUGCGGGUUCUAAAGCUACCUGCGCGGCUUCAAGUAGAAACACCAAGCAGUUGGCACGAACUACUUUCUGCAGCAACUACCGGCCCGAGAAGAAUCAGAAGAACCGUUGCAAGUUUUUGGGGAAUCCGGAGUUGGUUGGCGAGUGUGGGUCGAAGUUGAAUUACUUCAAGUAUUACAGAACCUGCAAGAUGGAUAUGUGUAAAUGCCCUAACGGGAAGUGUUACUGUGAUAGCCUGAUGGCUUAUGCUAGAGAAUGUGAGAAGUUGGGUGUGAAACUACCGGAAGAUUGGAAAGUGAAGAGUUUGUGUGACGACGAGAAGAUCAAAAGGCCUAAAUUGGUGAAAAAGCCGAGUUUUACCACUGUAGACAUCCAGAAGUACAUCAAACAGAACCAUUUCAACAGGACGAGGAAUCCGCUUAUGAUACAUUGAGAAAUCAAAAAAAGUCAGCUAGUCAACUUCAGUAUUUGCCAGCGCUUGUAGCUAAUAACGUCAUUGUACAUAAUUUUUGAGUAUUAUUUGUGUUUAAAAUGGGGUGGUUUUUUGUAAAUUUCGAGACCGCGUUUGCAGCAAGCCACUCGAGCAAUAGACAGUGUGCAAAUUCAUGUUCUGAACCAAAGAAAGUUUGUAUUUUUGCUUGAAUCUCACAUUUAAAAUUGUUUUCUUUAAACAAUUAUUUGUAUAUACGUUUUAGUAUUCUAGUUAUAUUUUAAAGAUCUCUGCUGUGUAAUAUAAGUGUAAUUUAAUGUAAAAAUUGUUCCUAAAUGGUUAUCUACUUCAGCUUCUUUACAACUUGCCACCUGUGCGUUAUCUACGAAUGAUUUCAAUCGAUGUAAUUAAAAAAUGUAUAGACGUGUGUAUUUAUCUUGUAAAUGUUUGGUGAAAAGUAGCACUAUAAGUGAAUAUCGUACCUAUUUCUAUUAUGCAUUAAGUUUGUAUUCACAUAAGACGUACCUCUAAUAUUUAUUUUAUUUAGUCGACGACCUAACAGUAAAAUAGGAAAUUCACGUUGUAUUUUAUCAUCUAUUUAUUUUUAUUGUAUUUUUUUUUAAAUUCCCUUGUUUUAAAAACUAGUUGUAUAAUAAAGGAUGAACCUGA